AAGGAUGGGGGGGCGGGGGUGUUGGCUGCUCUGAGCCCUGCAGUGCGGAGGUGGCAACAGGUUCCCGUUUGUCCUGUUGCUGGCGCUGCCGGCGUUGCAGGCGCUGAGCAUUGAGCACUGUCGAGAAUGACCCUUCAUUCCCCACUCCCCAGUGCUCUCCCUGGUGAGAGGGCUUGCCAGUGAGGGUAUAGGUAAGGUGCAGGGGAGCCACUCCUCAGGCUUCCCCUUCCUACACCAUGGCGUUGGCUGCCUGGCUUUCCCCAUCCUCCACUCCAGCCCAGCUCCCUUCACCUCCUCCAGGCAGCCUUCUCCAGAGAGCAGCGCAGCCCCCUCAGGAGCUCCUAUCUCUCUGGGUUGUCAUUCUCUCUCAGUGACACUGAGACAAGGCAGGUGGGGUAUGGCCACUCAUGCUCUCUGCCUGCCAUAGCCCUAUGCCACUCUCACUAUGCACAGCCAGGCUGGCACAUUGCAGAACCUGCAUGCUGCCUUCAACCCCUGCCCACUCCAAGGUCCCACCCUGCAGACUCACAGUUGCAGUGGGUCUAGAGGCUGGUGCCCACCUCUGCCACUGCAGAUCUAGGAUGUGAGCGACAGGAGGUCACAGACAAAGGCUCUGCCCUAGGAGCACACUAAGAGGGGGGAUGAAGCACAGAGAAGGGAGGCUUACAGGCUGGCCCUGAUACAGGAAGGCUGCCUGGAGGAGGGCGCCUCGGAGGGCAUGAAGAGUGAGCAGAAUCUGGGCAGGUGGCCUGGGGUCAUGUCCACAGAGCAAGAAGGGAAGGAAGUGCAUAGCCCAGGUGCCCAGAGCCACUGGUUGCAAGCCUUGGGACUCAUCCUAGAGUCAAGCAUGUGGUGGGGUGUGGCCAAAGACCAGCCUACUACCAGGGUCCUAAGAGUCCCACGUUGAUGGCCCACUGUGGAAGAGGGAAGAAAAGCAAACUGGAGGCCCCCUGGAGGUGACCUAGCUUUCUGUAGCCUUUACUGUUCCUUUUACCAUUCCCUCCUCCACUUUCUCAUCUUAAUCUAUGGUUCACUAGAGGAGUUUUGACAGACUGGACUUGAUUUUUCUAAAUGCUGGACUUCUAAGUUGCUUUGCAUUUUUCACUCCUGAGAAAAAUGGUUUGUGGUGCCUAUCCCCAUGUGCAUAGCUUUGCUUUCUUUUACUUUAGUUCCUUAGAGUAGAAUCCCAGAAGUGGACAAAGGGUUUGGAUUUUUUUCCUAGCUCUUGAUGUUGUCAGAUUAAUUUCCAAAAGGGAUGAUACCAGUGUGCAAUCCUCCAGCACCAGAGCAGCAUGGUUUCACAGCAACCUUGCCAACACUGAGUGUCCUCGUUUUGAGAAUAUUUCACUAAUGUAGUAGGUGGGAUGUGUUACCUUGUUUGCAGUUGUUACCUUGUUUUUGUAAAUUUGCUUUCCCUCCAUGCCUGAGGUUGAACCUUCUCCCAAAUAUUUUUUACCUGGUUGCAUUCCCUCCUUCAUGCAGUAUGCAAUCUUUUCAGGUUCCUUGCUCGUUUAUUUACCAGGGUCUUAACCUUUCGAUUAAUUUGUAUGAGUUUUAUCUUAUCUGUUGUACAUUUUCCUUCAGCACUAUUAUUUGCUUUUGCUGGGCUUUAAGAGGAGUUGGGACAUUUAACCAGAUUGGCUUUUUAGAAACCUCCCCCAACCCCUUUUCAUUGUCUCAGCACUUAUCAUACCUGAUAACUUGUCCGUCCUCCUUGCUGAUUGUUGACCUGUCCUGCUAGACUGGGAGCAGUGGGCAAGAAGAGGCCUUGUGCGUCCUGUCUGUUCAUUGUCCUGUGCCCAGAGACCAAGGAGGGAGGCCAGCCUUUGUUGAAUCAGUGGCAUUCUGGCACAGGGUGGGGUGGAGAGCAGACUGUUUUGGAAGAUGUGAUGAUGACCUGGCCAGGAGCUGGUGAAUGUGAGCACGUGCCAGUCCAGGGGACAGAAGGGAAAGCACAGAUGUGGGGGAUAUCUAAGUAGAAACUACUUCCCUCCAGAUUGAUCUGUUGAAGCUGAUUAAGGGAAGGAGGCAAAGGGAGGAGCCAGGGGUGACUCGGAGCUCCUGCGUGCCUUUGGCUGAGCUCAUGCAAAUGAAAGGGUGGGGAUGCCCAGGAGCUUCCCUCUGCCUGCCUAGCCCCCCAGUCAGCCUUGAACAGAGCUCUAGGCUGAAGGCAGCAGUAGGUUUCUGGUCCUGCUUCCUCCUCCCCUUCAUGAUUUUAGUGGUAUUCCCUGGUAGCUCAAGGUGGUGGCUGUGAUGAGCCCAUUAUACAGAUGGGGCUCCUGAAGUCCAGUCAGGGAAUAAGAUGGUCAAGGAUCACCGGGUUAAUUGGGUUGGAGAAACUUCUGGAGCAAGGACCCGAGCUCUUGUCCUCACUCCUCCCCCUCCCUUCUGGGCCCAGGCUGGCGCCGGCCAGGAUAACUACAACUGGUCCCCUGCUGGGCCCCUGACCUGCCCUUGUCCUCUGCCCCGACCCGGUCCCUCCUGAGUGGAAGCCCCAGCUCAGCUUGCUACUCACAGGUCCCACCCGAUGCUUUCGCUAGCACCCGUUGGCUCACCGGCGCCCCGAGCCCGCCCCGUCGCCCCGCCCUGACCCGCCCCUCUGAGCAGCAACUCCACGUCCGAAGGCAGUGGCUUCCAAGGUGGAAGCUGGGUCCGGCUGCCAGGAAGCAGCCCGCGCGCCGGCGGCGCAGAGCCCGGAGCUCGGCUUCCACGUGCGAGCCUGCCCCGCCCCCUCCCGGCGGCCGCGCCUGGGGACUCUCUGCCCGGGGACGGCGCCUUGCCGUGGCAGUGGCCGUGGUCGGGACGUCUACGCGCGGUCGGCCACCGCCAGAUCGCGCUCCAGCGCUCUCGGCCCGACGUGCAGGCAGCCGCGCGCCCAUGGAGGGCCUGGGCCGCUCGUGCCUGUGGCUCCGCCGGGAACUGUCUCCCUCUCGGCCGCAGCUGCUGCUCCUCGACUGCCGCAGCCGCGAGCUGUACGAGUCGGCACGCAUCGGCGGGGCUCUAAGCGUGGCCCUGCCCGCGCUGCUGCUGCGCCGCCUGCGGAGUGGGAGCCUGUCCGUGCGCGCGCUCCUGCCCGGGCCGCCGCUGCAGCCGCCGCCGCCCGCCCCGGUGCUCCUGUACGACCAGGGCGGGGGUCGGCGCCGGCGCGGGGAGGCCGAAGCCGAGGAGUGGGAGGCUGAGUCGGUGCUGGGCACGCUGCUCCAGAAGCUUCGGGAGGAAGGCUACCUGGCCUACUACCUCCAGGGUGGCUUCAGCCGUUUCCAGGCCGAGUGUCCUCACUUGUGUGAGACAAGCCUUAACGGCCGUGCUGGCUUGAGCAUGGCCCCAGUGCUAAGCCCAGUGCCCGUGGUAGGGCUGGGUGGCCUGUGCCUGGGCUCUGACUGCUCUGAUGCAGAAUCUGAAACUGACCGCGACUCCAUGAGCUGUGGCCUGGAUUUGGAGGGUGCCACACCCCCGCCAGCGGGGCUGCUGCCAUCCUUCCCUGUCCAGAUCCUGCCCAACCUCUACCUGGGUAGUGCCCGGGAUUCAGCCAAUUUGGAAAGCUUGGCCAAGCUGGGCAUCCGCUACAUCCUCAAUGUCACCCCCAACCUCCCUAACCUCUUCGAGAAGAAUGGCGACUUUCAUUACAAGCAGAUCCCCAUCUCUGACCACUGGAGCCAGAACUUGUCCCAGUUCUUUCCAGAGGCCAUUGCAUUCAUUGACGAGGCCUUGUCCCAGAACUGCGGGGUGCUCGUCCACUGCCUGGCAGGGGUCAGCCGAUCUGUCACUGUCACCGUGGCCUACCUCAUGCAGAAGCUUCACCUCUCGCUCAACGAUGCCUACGACCUGGUCAAGAGGAAGAAGUCUAACAUCUCCCCCAACUUCAACUUUAUGGGGCAGCUGCUGGACUUUGAGCGCAGCCUGCGUCUGGAGGAGCGACGCGCCCAGGAGCAGGGCAGCGGGGAGCAGGAGUCCUCCACGCGCGACCCGCCCUCCUUCUUCACCACCCCCCCUGGGCAACGGCAUCUUCCAGCUGGACCCCAGCUAAGGGCCCCCGCGGGGCCCUUUGGGCGUUCCUGAUGACUGCAGCAGCGGGGGGCGGGGGUGGCAGAGCGCGCAAUACCUCACCGGGCUGUGGAGGGAGGUGGGAGCCGGAGACAUCCGCGGGAGCCGUAGACAUCCGCGGGAGCCAUAGACAUCCGCGGGAAUCGUGCAAAAUGUGCCUAUGGGCCCGGUCAGGGCCGCUGGCCUGACCCAUGCCCUCAGGCGGGCGGGACCACGCUCCAGAACCUGCCUCUUCUGCGACUGUUACGUUUUUCUUUGAGGAGGGGGGGUGGGGAUUCUUUAUCCUAGGGACCAUUCCAGGUGGCUGCCUGUUCCCUGGCCCAGGCCCUGGGUGCUCUGCCAACUUGGCUGGGCCCUGGGCCUCCCUGUGGUUCCCCCUUCAGGAAGGGUGUGUGCCACUUUGCCACAGGACUGAUUCCCAGGCCCUUCCCUGUCCCCAUAUGGCCUCUUGGGGAGAGGAGAGCACCACCAUCACCAGUGCAGUCACUGCUACUUCUCUGCCAAGGGCUUGGGUCCUUUUGGGGCUGGGGACCUUCCAAGGGAUGUGGACCCAAAGGUGGAAUGGCCACCUGGCAUCCAUAGCCUGGGAGCACUGGGCAGGUUCCCCGGCCACACAUCUGGCUCCCUGACUGUUUUUUUUUUCUUCUUCCCCCAGAUGUCUUGACUGGAUCACUGGGGCUCUUUGUGACUGAGGGUGGUCAAACUGCCACGGGAGGAGAUAGGGUCUCAGAGUGAGAACCUGGAAGGGGAGGGGAAGAAGACCUUGAUAUUGCUGCUGCAGGGCCCACACAGCCUCUCUUGGUUUGGGGGGCAGGGAAGGGGCCAAGCUGCAGACACACAGUCAUUCAUUGCAGUCUACACCCCUGUGAACAGCAGGGGUGUGUGUGUGUGUGCGUGUGUGCAUGUCGGCACUCACAUGCAUGCUAGCCCACUUACACCCAGCCCGAGGCUGACUGUCCUUGACAUGGCGACAGGACUGUCUUGUCCUUGAAUGUGAAGGAGGGGCUGUGCUUGUUUGUUUUUGUAAUCCUCAUCACAGUUGCUUUCUUUAAUUGUUCCUCCCAAAUAAAUGGUUUAUUUAAGAUAUCGA